GUCGCGAGCAUUCAGUGAGCGGGGAUCCAAGGUAAGAGAACGACGUCGCAGUGACGUCAUUGGGCGUCGCGACGACAGCAUCGGCAUCGGCAUCGUCGUCGUCGUCGUCGUCGCCAUCGCCGCGGUCACUCGCGCGUAGACAUCACCGCGACCUGUCGCCGCUCUCUCUGUCGUCGUGUAUAUUGUUCGCUUCCGUGUGUAAACGAUAUUGCCACUUCGGGAGAAUCAGUCGCGCUUGCCGAUAGUUGUCAGUGAUUGCUCUGCAGCUUUGUCACGUCCGGUAUUUGAUACGUCCGGUAUCUGAGACUCCUAAGGAGGAGGCCGAUGAGAUGAAGGCCAAUACGGCAGCGACGAAGAUCCAGGCCAAUUUUCGCGGAUAUCGUGUGCGCAAGCAGUUGAAGGAAUCUACGCAACGUCGUCGUCAGAGUCAGCAGCAACAGCAUCAGGAGUCGCAGCAUCAGCAGCAGAAUCAACAACAGCAGGAGCAUCCGAAGUCGAAGGACCAUCUUUUCAAGAGACAGGACACUCGGGAGGCACUUGAGGAGAAAUCAGCGACCAAGAUCCAGGCGGGUAUCCGCGGUUUCCUGGUACGGAAGAGACAACAAGCUGUUCAGGCUGCGGCGACGAGGAUCCAGGCCGGCUUCCGUGGCUUCAAGACGCGGAAGUUGCUGAAACAGAACGGCCAAUAGGCUGUACUUUUUGAUCUUUUCCCGUUGGAUGAAGGAUAAUAUAGGCCGUCGAUGUUAUAUUAAAGUAAUAUGUGGAUUCGUUCGUGUACUCGGAGGAGAUCUGAGAAUUGGAUUGGAAGCGUCGAAGAAACAACUUUUAAUUGAAUCAAUUGAUCUUCACGAUGCUUGACAUAUGUAUAUUUUUGGAACACUGUGUAUUUUUGGACUCAAGCUUCGUGAAAUUUAUCGAAUACGUCUCCAGAAUUAAUGAAUGAUAACUAAUGACACAUUGUUUCAUAACAACCUUUGUAUUUUGUCAUUAUUUUUACUUUGUUCGAUCUUUCCUACUCUGAAUUUCGUAUAAAGAUGACGAUAAACGAUGACGAUAAGGACAAAAGCAAUAAUAAAAAACAUUGUUUUACGAAAGCAAGCAAUGUGCAUAUAUAUAUGCGAUAGAAGUUAGUUAAAUGAUUAUAUGAACUUGUUGAAAUAUUUUUUUCUUGUUAUUUCAUGUCAAUUUUAUUGCGAUAUAAUUAAGGUAAUAGCUUAUUAUGAUAAUUUGAAUAAUGCAGGCUAAAAAUAUUUCUAUAUUGUAAUUUCGUAUCUAUGUGGAUCUUGUCGAUAAACCAUAUAUAUAUUUGUAUAAUGAAUAGUGUAUA